GCGACCACUGCUGAGGACCUGACCCCUCACUAGGGAGGUGGUCUCCUCCACCCCAGGCUGCACCAUCCUGCUCCUGCUCCUCAGCAAGUGUGUGGAGCUCUCCCAGGUGCUGAAAUCUACACUUUGACCUGUUGUGCUCAAUCUUGCAAAACUUCCUUGGAUGUGGCCAGAGGUGACCAUGGACCUGUUAUGGCGUCAGCAGCCGGGAGUGUGGGCGCGAGCUGCUGAGAUGUGAGGAGGGGGCACCCAGGGCUGAGGACGAGGGAUGUGCUGGGUCUUCUCCACGGACUGCUCUUGGCCUCGGGAGAUGUUUCUGAUCGCUCUGCUGCUGGCUCUGAGGGAAUCUACGGCCGCACCGACCCCGACAGCCGAGGACCUCAACCGCGGAGUGGACUGGUUGACUAGAUUCGGCUAUCUGCCUCCACCCGAUCCAGUUACAGGACAGCUGCAGACACAGGAAGAGUUGUCCAAAGCAAUCAAGGCAAUGCAAGAGUUUGGUGGGCUAAAGCCUACUGGAAUACUAGAUGAGGCCACCUUGGAAUUAAUGAAAACCCCUCGCUGCUCGUUACCUGACCUGUCCCAAUCAGAGGCCGCCAGGAAGAAGCGGAACGUCCAGGCGGUGACAAAGUGGAGCAAGAGAAAUUUGUCUUGGAGGGUUAGAACAUUCCCUAAAGAGUCAUCACUGGGUCAUGACACUGUGAGGGCUCUUAUGUACUAUGCCCUUAAGGUGUGGAGUGAUAUCACACCACUGAACUUUCAUGAAGUGGCUGGAAAUAAUGCAGACAUUCAAAUCGACUUCUCCAGAGCUGACCACAAUGAUGGCUACCCAUUUGAUGGACCAGGUGGUACUGUAGCUCAUGCUUUUUUCCCUGGUGAACACCACACCUCUGGAGACACUCACUUUGAUGACGAAGAGUCAUGGACAUUUAGAUCAUCAGAUGUGCAUGGCAUGGACCUGUUUGCUGUUGCAGUACAUGAAUUUGGCCAUGCGAUCGGACUGACUCAUAUUUCUGAUAUGGAAUCUAUAAUGAGACCAUAUUAUCAAGGUCCAGUGGGUGACCCCCUGAAAUAUAACCUGCCUUAUGAUGAUAAAGUCAGGAUCUGGCAACUGUAUGGAGUCCGCGAGUCUGUGUCCCCAACAGCAAAGCCUGAGGUGGUCGGAGCUGAAGAACAUCCUUUUCUGCCUGAUUUGCCCGAGAACCGCUCUACCAUCCAGCCAAGAAAAGAUGAGCCUGACCGAUGUAACACACACUUCGAUGCGGCAGCUCAGAUACGUGGAGAAGCAUUCUUCUUCAAAGGCAAAUAUUUUUGGAGACUUACCCGCAAUAAGCAUUUAGUUUCCCUUCAGCCUGCUCAAAUUCAUCGAUUCUGGAGAGGUUUACCGCUAAACAUGGAUAGUGUGGAUGCAGUUUAUGAGAGGACCACAGACCACAAAAUUGUCUUUUUUAAGGGAGAUCGUUACUGGGUUUUCAAAGAUAAUAAUGUGGAAGAAGGAUACCCCCGACCCAUCACAGACUAUGGAUUGCCCUUAGGGGGUGUGGAUGCUGCCUUCCCUUGGCCCCACAAUGAUAAGACCUAUUUCUUUAAGGAGAGUCUCUUCUGGUGUUACAAUGAACGGGAGCACAGAAUGGAUGAUGGCUUUCCUAUAGAGACUGCCUUCUGGAAAGGAAUCCCUGCUACUCUGGAUGAUGCAAUGGGAUGGUCAGAUGGUGCAAUAUAUUUCUUCAAAGGAAAAGAGUACUGGAAAGUCCUCGACAAUAAGAUGGAGGCAGAGCAAGGCUACCCACAAUCCAUUGCAAGGGACUGGCUAAUAUGCAGUGAUAUGCAGUCAGACGGACCAAGUUCAGAAACCAUUCGGACUGGUGCCCAUUCCAGCCAGGGCCAGCAAGAUGAGAACAGGUCAGAGAACGGGUACGAGGUCUGUUCUUGUACAUCUUCAGCAGAGUCUCACUGUACCAGCUUAUCUACUGACAUUUCAUGGGUCCUGGUACACGUCUUCACAGCAGCCUUGAUCUCGUUCUUAUGAUGCGCCUAUCUAAUGGAUUCUACCAUUGCGUAAAAGGACUUGGGGAGGGGAAGGUCAGUCAUUGAGACCCUCACAGUACAACGCCGCACUACAGGUUAAACAUUCCGAGAAGCGUGGAAGUGACAAAUACCAAAUUCUCCAUGAGAAAUGAACGUUUUAGGUGCUCUGUAAUGGGGUGCUCAAAUUAGUGGAAAGUAUGGAGUAUAAAAGAACCAGCAAAAAGCUGGGCAAUGGAGCUGGUUUUGGUGCCUGGGUGAAAGAAGAAUAUAUCAGGACAUAAGUUCUGCAAAUUCUGUCUGAAGGAAUGAGCAGAGCUGGUGUCGCUUACAUUAUGUUCCUGCAUCAAUUGUGCUGUGCAAGACUUAAAGGGAAACUAUCAUCCAAAUAUAUUCAUAUAUAUAUUUUUAAUAUGUUAUUUAAAAAUAAUGAGAUAUCAUUAAAGAUGUAUGGUUUCGUUUUUGGCCACUAAUGUUAACGUUUCUGGUGGGUGCCGUCAUCUUCAGUGCCUGCAAGCAUCACAGCUGCUAUUGCUGAAUCCAGUUCUUUGCUGAAUAAGCGCUCCUCGUCGAUCACAAUAGCAACAGUGGCAUCUGCAGUCUGUAUGAAUGGAUCACCUUCACAUGAAAAGUAAAGUAGCACUAACACGUUUUAGGAAUAGUGAUAGUUUCCCCCUCAAAAGGCUAUGUACACCUUCAGGGGCAUUUUUUUUUAUUAUUGUAUUUUGCUUAUCUUCAGCUAAAAAUCUUUUUUUUUUCAAUCGGUAUUCUUAAAAAUGUGCAGCCGUUUCUGAGAAGGGUUAAAAAUCAAUCUGUUUGCAAGUUGUGAUUUUCUGUUUUCUUUGAAUCCAGUAAGGUCACUUGUAGCGCGAUCUACUCAUAAACUCAUAAAAUUGAGCUAUAAUGAGUGUUUAUGGGGUCUGGAGAUCAGACCCCAUGAGCAGUCAACUGACAGGAUUCAAAGAAAACAGAGAAUCAUAGCUUCCAAACAGACAUUCUAACCCUUGUAUAUCGAAGCUGGCUGAACAUUUUUAAGAAAGACCAAAUUAAAAAAAGCUUUUCAGCCCAAAAUGAUUAAGUACAAUGAUUAAAAAAAUGUCUCUGAAGAUGAGCAUAGUGUGAAGGAGCCACUUUUUUCACUUCUUGCUGUUUUGCUAGCAGGGCUUCUGAAAAGACCCAGUAAUUGAGCACUGCCACAAGUGAAUUCUGUAAUUCUGCUUCUUUUAUUUUCUGACAAGCAGUUGUACA